CCUGGUAACUACUGACUCGAAAUUAUAAUGGCGAUUUUCCUCAUUUGACAACUGCCUCCAUGCGUUUUAGUUACAUCGAGUGAUUCGCCAUUUUAUAGAGUUUGGUCGUUUUCUGGGUUCACAGGAGUAGGAGGAAAGAUUUACAUAAGAGACAAGUCGCACACGAAGGAUUAUUGGCUUCUGACCAAUUAAGUUGUACAUCGCUCACUACUAACUGUGAAUGACCGGUGACUGCGCUCGUACAUCGCCGACGCUACCAUGUCAAACUACAUUGGAAGCUCAAUUGCCAACAAUACGUCUGUGCAAAAAUCUAUGUCACUAAUAUGUCCCAUCCAAAGCAAUGAAAAGAAAAGGGAUAUUGCCAUUAUUUACCUGGUGACCUCAGGACUAAGCAUCCUGGGAGCUAGCUCAGUGAUCAUUUUUUCGGUCUUGAAAAGAAUUGUAAGAAGUCCAGAGGUGCACCCUUUGUUUCACUUAGCCUUGGCAGAUCUGAUUUUAGCUUCUCUCUGGUUUGCUGGGGCUUGUCGUUGGUUUCAGAAAUAUGAUUCUUUUGCAUGUUUUUACUUAGAUGUAGUAGCAGAGAUGGCACACCUGGCAUCAUUCUUUUUGACAGUCAACUAUGGUUUAAAUGCAUACAUCAGACUCAGAGGAAAGACUAAAAGUAUAGCUAAUUUUCAGUUACCUUCAGUUUCUUCAACAACAUCUUAUGUAUGGUCUACAAGGAUAUUAUAUGCAUUGUGUUGGUUAGUGCCUGUUGCAAUUAUGUUGCCUUUGCUGUUGCAUGUGUAUGAUGAAGAAAACUCCCCACCUGACAACUGCACUCGUUGCCUUUUACUCUUUGAUCGACCAAAGCCAAAGGAUGGUGAAACAUCAUCACAUUCAAUAUGGAAGGUGUAUGGUUCUAUUGCACUGGUUGCGACACUUGCUUUCUCCAUCGUGGCGCUCAUGGUGGUGUAUUUUUUAACGGUCAGAACGUACAGAAAAGCUGUCCUUCAUUCGGGAGUAUUAACAGAUCUUCAGCGGGUCAGCAUUGAUGCUAUUCGCAACAAAGUCUUUCUUUACAUACUGGUGUUCUUGCUAUGCUGGAGCCCAGCCCUCGUGGUAGCAUCCUGUGACAUCGCUCCCAGCAUAACUAUAACUAACCUACAUCAUUGGUUCCUUGUGUUCCUCUUUCAGGGUUUUACCGCACCCAUGCAGGGUUUUUUCAACUGUAUAGUCUAUGGCUGGGCCAGGAAAAACUUUCGUGAAGCUCCAGAACAGCGUAAAAAUUUACUGCUGGAGAGUGAAGACAACUUCCGGUUUCCUAGGUCUCGACGGACCUCAUAUGGAUCACUUCGUUCGAUGACAAGUCAAAAGGGUGGGGGAGAGGGGGGAUCCUGAUCCCGUUUUACACCCGUCAUGCAUGUUUUAAGCAGCAAUUUACGAAUUUAAAAGGAAAGCGUCAUUCUCUCUUCUUUUGUGGGAGGUUUCAGAAAAUCCUGAGGUCGUCACUACAUCAAAAAAAUAUUCUCCGGUUACGUUUAUUCCAGGAGCAAAUCACGUCUCACGCUGGUUCAUAGAUUCACGAAUCUCGCUCACCUUUCUGUAAAAUUCACGCUUCACUUCUUAAAAUUAGCCUUAAUCAAGCGUCACGGUCCAACCCUUUGCAAAUUUCUCCGGACGACGAAAAAUAAUUCAUUUUCUUUCACCUUGCCUAGUUUCAUAAACUCUUAACUUGUAAUAAGUUUGUUGAUAUGUCUCUUUUAUUCAUGAAUCCUGUGAUGGAAAAAGAGUGUUAUUUAAACAAAGUUUAAGAAAAGCAUUGCUUAAGACUUAGCAAGCCAAGAAUUGUUUUCAAGAUAUUUGAGGAAGAUUGUUAAAGUACAUAAUUUAUUAAAAGCCCUUUAGUUUUUUUUGUCGCAGACUAAAGAAGAAAACUAUUUGACGACAGGCACUUGUGGGACGAACUAAGUGUUGAAUGAGAAAUCGGCAACCCAUUCCUCUCAGAAUCAAUUUGAAUCCAUACACGCUCAGUUAAACCUUUUGUUUUCAGCUGGUUCCCAAACUAAAUAUAUUUUUGGUCCGUAUAUUUUCUGUACGAAAGCUAUAAGCAGUUUAACAAUAUGAAUACUAAAGAGAUGUUUGUAAAUAUUUUAAGUUUUCUACAAUUUAGAUGAGUAUACUGUAUGUACUAAGUAAUAAACAGAUGUUUAUUUAGGCUAUAUCUGUCCAGUAACGUACGUUUGCAACAUUUUUGCUGAUGUCGUGUUUUACAGUAUAUGUAAAAAUAAAUGUAAUUUUAACUUUUUCA